CGAUUACAUCCGUCCCAAUGGUCCAGCUCACCCGACGAAUGCUUAAACAAUGUUUGUUCCCGCCAUUACAGGACUAUAGUGCACUGCUUCGAUAUGAUUUAUCAGCAAUGUUAACGGCCAAGGCAAGCAUGACCUGACACAUCAUCAUGACGAUAAGGUUUAAAGGCGGCAGAUUCCGGCAGAUUCCGGCAGAAUUUCUGUAUAUUUGCUUAUCGAUCCAUGAACCAUGGAAAUCGAGAUAUCUAUGCGCAACAUAACAACGGAAAGGUCCACGGGUGGAAGAAGAUUCAAGUGUCGCAUGACCGACAACAACAAGACAGACAAAAUAUGGAAUUCUCCUCUAAAGUCCUCCCAGUAGCCGCCAUCGGGGUGCUCCUCGUGGUCCUCGCCCCAAGAGUCAUAAAAUGGGCAAGAUCAAGCACCAACAAAUCCAGUCUACUCCAAGCCCUCGGACUACAAAAAGAGACCAGCAGCGAGAUCGUCUCUCUACGCAUCUACCCCAUCAAGUCCUGCCGCGGGAUUGAACUCCCCAGAACCACCCUCCGCCUACACGGCCUAGACCUCGACCGCCAAUGGAUGUUCGUAGACGCAAAAACCCACGAGUUCCUCACCAUCCGCCAAAUCCCCCGCAUGACCCUCAUCAACACCGCCCUCAGCGACGACGGCAGCUCCCUCCUGCUGAGCAUCACCGGAUCCGACGAGAGGAUCCAAAUCCCCGCCCGCCCAGACCCCGCCUGGCUAGCGGCCCACACCACCCUCGCCCAGGUCAAGGUCUGGGACACGCUGACAGACGGACAUCUCUACGGGGACGCCGUCAACGCGCCCUUCGCCAGGUUCCUGCAGCGCGAUGUUUGUCUAGCCUACAAGGGCCCCACGCCGCGCAUCCUGCAGGGCAAUGGCGACCCGCGCCUGCUGGGCCGGCCGCAGAGCACAAACUUCCCCGACGUGCAUCCCGUGCAGAUCGCCUCCGAGGCGUCCCUGGCGGAGCUCAACCAGCGACUGCGGCGGAACGGUGCGCAGCCGAUUACCGUUGAGCGGUUCCGGCCGAAUAUCAUCGUCCGGGGCACGGUGCCUUGGGCGGAGGAUUCGUGGAAGACGGUCCGGAUUAGUGGCUGUGGGCGGGAGCCGCUGGAUUUGGAUGUUGUGGCGCGGUGUGCGCGCUGUCAGGUGCCGAAUGUUGAUCCCGAUACGGCGGAGAAGCAUAAGCGGCAGCCGUGGGAUACGCUGAUGACGUACCGGCGGGUGGAUGAGGGGAUCAAGUAUAAGCCUUGCUUUGGGAUGUUGAGUGCGCCGCGGGACGAGGGGGUUGUUGAGGUGGGGAUGAAGCUGGAGGUGUUGGAGGAGACGACGCAGCAUCGGUAUAUUAAAGGAUUUUGAGGUAGCAAACGUUGGCAAAUAUCCACAGAUCAAAGUAUUUUGCAUCAUAUGUGCUGUACACUAUGCAUGGAAGGUAUCUAGCUAGCUAACUAAUUCUUCAUCUGCUUGCUGGCAGAAACACAC